AGUUCCUAAAUUUCAACUCGUAUAAAGACUGUGCUACAAUGGCCACUAAUACUACUCCUGGUAUGAAACCAAAUCUCACGUGGAAGGAGAAAAUCUCUCGAGCUUGGUCCGAUACUACCAAUGGCAGUAACGCCUUGAUUCGCAUCCUAGGCGUAUUGGCUGCCCUCGCUACGUUCGUUGCCGGCUUGUUGAGCAUGAUCAACUUCUUCAACAUGGUCACCAAUCCCUUGUCUUAUGUUCUCGGUGUGUUCUUUAUGAUAUUCGGUAUUGUUCUCACCUUCAUAGAGUUGUUCCCUGGAUCAAAGCUGUCUAAGGUUAUCUUCUCUCAAGCCAAGUUCCUAAGUCAUCUCCUCGGACGUGGUUCAUUCUAUCUCUACCUCGGCCUUCUGUUCACCUGUGGCGGUGUCCAGAGUGGCUUCACAUCGAUUAUUUCCUUCGUUGUCGGUCUAUACUUGAUCGCAGUAGCCCUCGUGUUUGGUGUUUGGGGCUUCACUCAUCGUAAGGAAGUGUCCAUGACAGAGCCUCUUAACGGUGCUGCUAAUGUAUAAGCUCAAUAAGAAGUCUUCCGAGUUACUUUUGUACACACUUAUCACUUACCCGUAAGAUUUUGUACCAAAAUUCUUGUUGUAAGCCAGCAAUGAAAUUGCUCCAACUGAAAAUAGUGAUUUAAAGUCACAAGAUCAAGUCGCUUUCAACAAGUGUUUUCAAUAGGGUUGAUAA